AUGUCGCGGAAUGGCGUCAUUGGCAAGAAGGGGCGAUUGCCAUGGUCAAUUCCAGAGGACUUCUCGUACUUCUUGGAAGCAGUCAAAGGUGACGUUUGCAUCACCGGCCGAAGAAGUUAUGCGGAGUUUGGGUGCGCAAUACCCAGCGCAGGCCUUCACAUAGUGCUGUCCAAGCAGCAGCUACGAUACCCAGAUGCCUUGGUGCAACCUUCCCUGCAAGAGGCGUUGCAAGUGGCGCGCAUGAGGAACCACGUGAAUGUGUGGAUUGCCGGCGGCACGUCCGUGUACCGGGAGUCCUUUGCGCUGGCAGAUGAGCUUUGGGCGACUCAUGUCCACGCGGAUGUGGAAGGUGACGUGUACUUUCCGGCGGGCUGGCAGGAGUAUUUCACCGAGGAGGUCAGCAGACGCAGCAGCUCUGAUUCAAACUUCCAGUACGACUUCGUGGUCUACAG